AUGCUAAUAAAUAAAUUGCAAAUAUCAACAGUGGAUCAGAAGGUGAUCCCCGGGAUAAUUUCCGUCACACAAAAUUACUGCUAUUGCUCUCAUCAAAACAUAAAGUCAGCAUUGAUAACACCUCCUCGAUCUUGGGAGCCUGAUCAACCCAAAAUCAGUCGUGUAACUACACAAGAGACAAAUAAUUCUAAUGACAACGGUAAACAGAAACGUCCACGAACAUUUGCAGUUCCAAAAAGUUGGCGCACACGAGAUAGAAAAGAAAUACCUUUGGAGGUCUCUUACUGGAUUUUGGAACACGAAAUUCCGAAGACUAAUCAGUUUGCUUAUUUUCUUGCUUCUUUUUUCACUUUAACUUGCAUUGAGGUUGUAUUCCAUUCAAAAUUUCCACCUCAAAUGAAAAACUCGAAAAAAAGUUUAAACACCAGACAGAUCUGCCAAGUAUUGUAUUCGAAAAUGUCAACCAAACAAAUAAAGAACCAACCAAAUAACGAAGCAAUUAAAUGGGCAGGUAAUAUUUUACUUAUUUAUUAUCGUUGCCUUGAAAUAAUUUUCUCAAAUAAAAGCAAUUUGCAUUUUAUUUCGCUACAGCGCUUGAUAUUUCUGAACAAAUUAAAAGAAUUUUUCGUCAUUUUAAGAGAAUAUAAAAAACCUUUUCUUUUUCAAAUUUUGUUGCGAAACUACUACCUACGACCCAGUGUAGUCCUGAUGACAACUCCAAACAGAUCAAAGGAUAACUGGCUAGUGAACAGAAUACGCAUCACGCAAUAUAUCCCUAAUACGACAGACUUAGCUGAUGUAUCAUGGAUGACUCAAGGGAAUACAGUAGAAUUCGCAGACUCAAUAGACCGCUCAAUUCGAUGCUAUGGUGAUUGA